GUCAAAGUACACAAACCUUCAGACACUGGAGCAGACAUACCUCCAGAAUUCUCACAACCCACAGCAAUGAUAUUACACUACUUAGUGGAAUACCUUGAUUUUAAGAGCUGGCUUUUAGGAUUUUUUCUUUUCCUACUACUUGUUGAUAUCAUCAGGAGCAAAAAUCCAUCCAAUUUUCCACCAGGACCAUGGCCCCUACCUUUUGUCGGAAACAUUUUCACUGGGCUUGACUUUAAAACAAUAGACAAGCUUGCUGAGAAGUAUGGAAACGUUUUCAGCCUGCGUUGGGGCAGUGAGAAAACUGUGUUUAUUUCUGGACAUAAAAUGGUGAAGGAGGCUCUCAUUACUCAGCUGGACAGCUUUGCAGACCGACCUGUUGUCCCUCUCUUUCACAAACUCUUUAAUGGACUUGGUGUUGCUCUCAGUAAUGGGUACCUGUGGAAAAACCAGAGGAAGUUUAUCAUCACACACCUACGCCACUUUGGUGAAGGGAAGAAGACCCUAGAGCUGAGUAUCCAGCAGGAGAACAUCUUUCUGUGUGAUGCUUUCAAAGCAGAACAGGGUCUUUUUGAUCCCCAGUUUUUCCUCAACAACGCAGUCUCAAACAUCAUCUCCGCACUAGUUUUCGGUCAUCGCUUUGAAUACCAUGAUGAGAAUUUCCAGAAUAUCUUGCGUUUGGAUGCUGAAGCUAUCUUUCUGGCAGGUUCUACCCGAUCUCAGCUGUAUAAUGCCUUCCCUCGCCUCUUUGAAUACCUUCCUGGUCCGCAUCAGAAGAUUUUUGCCAACUACGCAAAAAUAAUAGAGUUCCUAAAAGAAGAAAUAAGAAAACACAAGGAGGACUGGGAUCCCUCAAAUCCUCGGGAUUACAUCGACAGUUUCCUUCUAGAAAUGGAAAAGAAAAAGAGUGAUCCUGAAGCUGGAUUUAAUGUUGAGAUGUUAUUGGCUGCAAUGCUGGACAUGCUUGAAGCAGGGACAGAAAGCACAGCCACUACAAUACGCUGGGGUCUUCUCUUCAUGAUGAAGUACCCUGAGAUACAGAAAAAGGUACAGGCAGAGAUAGACAAAGUUAUUGGACAGUCACGCCAAGCCAGCAUGGUCGACAAACCCAACAUGCCCUAUACUGAAGCUGUUAUUCAUGAGAUUCAAAGGAUGGGCAACAUUGUGCCUCUGGGUUUCCCCAAGAUGGCUUCUAAAGAUACUGUACUGGGUGGAUUCUUCAUACCAAAGGGCACAACUGUGACUACAAACCUAUCGUCUGUGCUUAAUGACAAGAACGAGUGGGAAACGCCAGACAUGUUUAACCCAGGACACUUUCAGGAUGAUCAAGGCCAGUUCCUGAAGAAGGAUGCUUUCCUUCCCUUUUCAGCAGGUAAGAGAUCAUGUGUGGGGGAGCAGCUGGCUCGUAUGGAGCUCUUCCUGUUUUUCACCUCUCUGUUGCAGUGCUUUACCUUCUCCCCUGGUCCUGGAGACGAGCUCAGCUUGGAAGGCCAGCUGGGCUUCACAUAUGCACCCAGACCUUACUGCAUGUGUGUCACCCCACGCUAAGAGCCCAUACACAAAUAUAUACACUUUUAAGCUAUUUGUUGUAAGAAACCUUAUAUAGCACGUUUGCCUCACACCUCCAGGGUCCGGGGUUCGAGUCCCCCCGAGGCCAUGUGUGUGCGGAGUUUGCAUGUUCUCCCCGUGCUGCGGGGGUUUUCUCUGGGUACUUUGGUUUCCUCCCCCAGUCGAAACGACAUGCUUGGUAGGCUGAUUGGCGUGUCUAAAGUGUCCGUAGUGUAUGAAUGGGUGUGUGAGUGUGUAUGUGAUUGUGCCCUGCGAUGGACUGGCACCCUGUCCAGAGUGUACCCUGCCUUGUGCCCGAUGCUCCCUGGGAUAGGCUCCAGGUUCUCCGUGAUCCUGAAAAGGAGUAAGCGGUAGAAGAUGGAUGGAUAAAUAAUAAUAAGUAGAAGAAGAAGAAAUGAAUAAAUAUUCAUGAAUUUUAUUAUAUAUAGUAGCCAUUAUUACACAUACACACACACACACACACACAUAUAUAUAUAUAUAUAUAUAUAUAUAUAUAUAUAUAUAUAUAUAUAUAUAUAUAUAUAUAUAUAUAGUUUUCUUUUCCAUGACUGCCUAAGAGACUCAUUAAAAAUAAACGCAUUGAAAGUAUCUGCUGUUUGAUGUCAUACAUGUCUAAUGGUCAGGUCUGGUGAUCUUAUCACAUGCGGAAGUAGGUUAAAAAAAUGUACCACCAGUAACCAUUGCUGUGUCCUAAAUAGUUUCUGAGAUUACAAUUAGUCUGUCCCAAAUCAUAGUAUGUUGAAAUGAGUACCCCAGGUAUGGUACUCGGAUGGCCUUCUUGUCAUGUCACAACAAACUGUUCCAGAAAGCACCACAAACUACAAACAUGGGUGAUGACUACAAUGCCCAAUGGAACACACAGACACGUCACCUUCUCCUGCAGACUAAGCACACACACCUGUUCCCAAUCACACUGACAAUCUCACCACACUACUUAAGAGACUCUCACACACAAUGUCUUUGCGAAGUAUAUGUGCAGUUGCAUUUUGUCUCUGCCAUUACCAAACCUUGAUACUGUGUUUGCCUAGUCUGGUUUUUGACUUUGUUCUCGUUUACGACCUUGUCUCUCUGCCUUGUCUUGUUUGGACUGUUUGCCUGAUCGCCUGACCUCUGCCUGUUUAUGUUUAUUGAUUUCUGCCUUGUUUUAUUAAACUGCCAUAGCUACA